AGAUAGUGGUGUAAUCGCCUGUCAUUUGAUUGCAAGUCAGCGGACAUAGAAGGCUCUUUUUGAAUUGAAAGUGGAAUCAAAUCACCAUGGCAACCAGAGAUAAGGCCACAGAACAGCUAAAUGAGUUUAAAACAUCACAGAAGACUCCGGAGCGAUGCACUACGGGAACGGGGGCGCCGAUUGGGUUAAAGACGGCCACAAUGACAGUAGGACCUAAUGGGCCAGUUCUCAUACAGGACUUUGUCUUCAACGAUGAGAUGGCGCACUUCGACAGAGAGCGAAUCCCUGAACGGGUCGUCCACGCCAAGGGCGCAGGAGCCUUCGGUUAUUUUGAGUGUACCCACGACAUCACCCAAUACACCAAGGCCAAACCAUUUGAAUCCAUCGGCAAAAGGACCCCAGUCGCUAUCCGUUUCUCUACCGUCGGUGGAGAGAGUGGUUCGGCAGACACUGCCCGUGAUCCACGCGGUUUCGCAGUGAAAUUCUACACAGAAGAUGGUAACUGGGAUCUGGUGGGCAACAACACGCCCAUCUUCUUCAUCCGGGACCCCAUCCUGUUUCCUAGCUUCAUCCACACACAGAAGAGGAACCCACGUACUCACUUAAAGGACCCCGACAUGUUCUGGGAUUUCAUCAGCUUGAGACCCGAGACUACCCACCAGGUGUCCUUCCUGUUCUCAGAUCGAGGCACGCCUGAUGGCUACAGGAGGAUGAACGGCUACGGAAGCCACACAUUCAAACUCAUCAACAAAGAGGACAAGCCCGUCUACUGCAAAUUCCACUUCAAGACAGAUCAAGGCAUCAAGAACCUUAUGGCUGAUGAGGCUGGUCGCCUCUCCGCGGAUGAUCCCGAUUAUGCUAUCCGGGACCUUUACAACCACAUCGAGGACGGGGAUUUCCCCUCGUGGACUGUGAAGGUCCAGAUCAUGACCUUUGAGCAAGCGGAGAAAUACAAGUGGAACCCAUUCGAUGUCACAAAGGUAUGGUCCCAGAAGGACUACCCCCUGAUCGAGGUCGGGAAAAUGGUGCUGAACAAGAACCCCAAUAACUAUUUUGCUGAAGUGGAACAGAUUGCCUUUUCUCCCGCUCACUUCAUUCCUGGAGUGGACGCCAGCCCUGACAAGAUGUUACAGGGCCGUCUGUUCUCUUACUCGGAUACGCACCGCCAUCGCCUGGGGGCCAACUAUCUCCAGAUCCCAGUCAACUGUCCCUACAAAACCAAAACGUGCAACUACCAGAGGGAUGGACCGCAAUGUGUCAACGACAACCAAGGAGGGGCACCAAACUACUUCCCCAACAGUUUCUCCGGUCCCAAAGACGACCCCACGGGCUGUGAGAUGUGCCCAUUUACCGUCACCGGGGAAUGUAAGCGAUAUAACUCCGCGGAUGAAGACAAUUUUUCCCAAGUCAGCAUCUUCUGGAACAAGGUCCUGAAACCGGAAGAAAGAGAGCGUUUGGUUGAGAAUAUCGGGAAUCAUCUCAUCAACACCCAGAAGUUCAUACAAGAUCGAGCUGUUAAGAACUUUGGACAGGCGGAUCCAGAAUUUGGCAGAAAGUUGCAGGCGCACCUCGACUCGCUCAGCAGUAAAACCAAAGUUAAUUUAGUGCUGAAUGGCGUCAAAGUGACCGAGAGUUAAAGUUCCCAAUCACAAAAUUGGAAGCAAAUGAUUGUCUGUGAAUAUUUUAUAGUGAUUGACACAUUAACAUUGCUACUGUAAAUUAAUUGUUACACCACGUGAUGUUUUCAAUAUUUGCUGAGUAGUCUGUAACAUGCACAUAUUUAGAUGGAAGAGAAGAAUAUUAUUCCAUGUUUACAUGUUAUGUUAUUUACAUACAAUGUUCUUGUACAGUAAGGUGAUGGUAUUGAUAUCAAUUAUAUGUCUAUACAGUUAGAAUCUUUUGUAAUGGAUGCAAAUUCUAUGUCAUUAAAGAUUUGAUUAUUAGAUGUUGCUAAAUAACAUAGUAAUUAUUCUUAAUCAAAUAUCUUGAAUAUCGUGCUAUGUUGUUUAUUCUUACUACAUGUAUGUUGAUAUAUAGCUUCUGGAAAAUAAAAUUUUGAAACUUA